UUGACGUUCACCUCGAAGUAUGCUCAGAACUCAUCUUCCAGCGAAUAAUUGCUCCUCGUCAGUCUGAACUUGGCAUUGGGUAUUUGUCAAGAUUCCCGCCAGAGUGAAUCCUAUCCCGUGUGCUGCUGUUGCCUGCUAUCUCAGCCCGUUUUGGGCUUAAUUGGAAUUGUUGAUCCCGUGUCCACGCGCACUAGCGCGUCUUGCCAAGGGAAGGGAAAGACGCGCCGAGACAGCGAACACGAGGCCAACAGUGCUCUGAUUCGACCUUCUGGGGAGGAGGAUGUGUUGCUGCCUGGGGAUAGGCCCUUGUCGCUGUCUCUUGAAUGGUUGGGGAUAAUGGCACGGAGUCGGGUUCGGGGCGUUGAAAUGAGCCGAAAGAUGUGUUCCAGGACCAGCGAGAUGGCAUGGGAGGGUGGUGGGAGGGUGGAUGGGGGGAUAUUUAAAGAGGGUGGAUGGCAUGGGAAACAUUCAGGUCCAAGGAAAAAGGAGUUCUAUCAUCACAGAGUCCAAAAACCGAAAUAUAUCCAUCCCAAUCUAUCUAUCUCGAAUCAACCCACUUUUUCAUCAGGCCUUCUGCCCGCCAAUCUAUCUCCCUAAAGCCCAACCAACCCACUCACCAACAAUGGCCCCUCCAAAGAUGAGCUUCGCAAUCAGUCUGGCCACCACAGACAUUGAAGCCACAAAGCGCUUCGGUACCGCUCUCGGCUUCACGGUUCAAGCCUGCUACGACGCAGACACAACUCUGCGCCUCAAGUACGACGAUUCCUUCGGUAUCUUCUACGCCACGCACUCCGUCAUUAGCAAAUUCCUCCCCGCUGGCCGCGAGAUCGCCUCCACCAAAGUCGCGCACGAGGUCAUCGUGACGCUCUCGGUCAAUUCGAAGGAGCAAGUUGACACAAUGAUCCAGAAUGGGCUUGCUGCUGGUGGGAAAGAGGGUCCCAAUAUGGUUCCGGAGGAAUGUGCUGGUGCAGCGCUCUACUCGAGGAGCAUAGAGGAUCCGGAUGGGCAUCUUUAUGAGAUUCUCUUUUAUGACUCGCAGGCUGCUGCUCUGGAGGGGCCGUGCAGCUUCAAGAAGGAAGAGAAAUGAGUUCCGCUGUUUGAGGACAUUUGCGCGCGGGAUGGGUAUUGAUGGUAGUUGUUUGGGAAGGGAGAAGAAGGGGGGGGGGGUUCUGGGUGUGCUUGUGUGGGUUUUAAUUCUCCAUAAGGGUUGGCUGGGAGGUGG